AUGAUGUUGAAAUCAACUUUGAAGGUCGUCUCGUCGACAGUUGUGCGAUGCCCAGCAACAGCAGCAGUAGCACUUGGCAGCCGCGUGUCAUACGCGACAAAGAAGCAGGACAUCCUGAGCAUUCAGCCAGGCAACGACACUGACAAGCUGAUUGCCCUGCAUGACCGCGUCGUGAUGAACACGUACGGUCGCACACCCGGCAUCGUCCUGUCGCACGGCAAGAACGCCGCCGUUUGGGACAUGCGCGGCACCGAGUACCUCGACUUUGGCUCGGGCAUCGCCGUCAAUGCGCUGGGCCACACCGACGCGCAGUGGCUGGCUGCCGUAACCAAGCAGGCUGGUCUUCUGUCGCACACCUCCAACCUCUACUUCAACGCACCCGCCAUCCGUCUUGCACAGCUGCUGGUCGGCAACUCCAACUUUGACAAGGUGUUCUUUGCCAACACGGGCACAGAGGCCAACGAGGGCGCACUCAAGUUUGCCAGGAAGCACGGUAUGGCCACCUCUCCAGACAAGUACGAGAUCGUCGCCUUCACUCACGGCUUCUCAGGUCGUUCGAUGGGUGCGCUCUCUUGCACUCACAAGAGCAAGUACCGUGAGAUCUACGGACCACUCGUGCCAGGCGUCAAGUUCGCCACCUACAACGACAUCGAGUCGAUCCGCAACGCCAUCGGACCAAACACCUGUGGUGUGAUCGUCGAGCCAGUUCAGGGCGAGGGUGGUCUCGAGGCCGCCACUCCCGAGUUCAUGAAGGAGCUGGAGCGUCUGUGCCGCGCCAACAACGCCUUGCUCAUUGCCGACGAGGUUCAAUGUGGUAUUGGUAGGACCGGUGAGCUCUGGGCUCACGAGCGUCUCGGCGUGCGUCCCGACAUCAUGACGUUGGCCAAGCCACUGGCUGGCGGUCUGGCCAUCGGUGCCAUUCUCGUCACCGACAAGGUGGCCGGCGUCAUCCAACCAGGUGACCACGGCACCACAUUUGGAGGCAGUCCACUCGUGACCGCUGUCGGAUCCCACGUCUUUGAGCGCAUUGCCAACGACCAGUUCCUCGGCGAGGUCCGUCAGAAGGGCCAGCACCUCCUCAAGCGUCUUCAACAGAUUCAGGCGGGCUCUGGCAAGCCCUACAUCAAGGAGAUCCGUACCGUUGGUGGUCUCUUUGUUGGAGUGGAGUUGGAUCAUCCAGUCAAGGAGCUCAUCAGCUAUGCACUUGGUGCGCCUCACCACACUCUGUUCAUCUCUGCUGGAGACAACACCCUUCGUCUCUGUCCACCAUUGACCGUUGAGACCAAGGACAUUGACAAGGCUUGCAACAUCAUCGACAGCUACUUCAAGCAAAGGAAG